AACCGGGGCUUUGGCAGUCCUCAUGAAAGAUGCUAUCAAACCCACACUGAUGCAGACACUGGAGGGCACUCCAGUGUUUGUGCAUGCUGGACCUUUUGCUAACAUCGCCCAUGGAAACUCCUCUGUCUUGGCAGACAAGUUGGCUCUUAAACUAGUUGGAGAAGAGGGCUUUGUUGUGACAGAGGCUGGCUUUGGUGCAGACAUUGGCAUGGAGAAGUUCUUCAACAUAAAGUGUCGAACAUCUGGGCUGAAGCCUGAUGUUGUGGUGCUUGUAGCCACUGUACGGGCUCUGAAGAUGCAUGGAGGUGGACCAAAUGUUACAGCUGGUGUACCACUGCCUAAAGAAUAUAUCAAUGAGGUAAGCAAUGUUUAUUUCCCAAUCUUAUGGCAAAUGACCAUAUUUGUAUUAGGGAUGCUCUGAUCUGCCUUUUUCGCCUCUGAUUCCGAUACCUAGGGUUCAGUAUUGGCCGAUACAGAUACCGAU